CCUUCGAGAAGGCUCCCUUCCCCUACAAAAGAACCCCCACCCGAAACGUUUUUUGGAAGGGGAAGGAGAAGAAGAGGGCGGUGCGCUGUUGCUGAACGGGAUGAUGCUUUUGCCGCAUGGUGCUGGUGAGGGCGGUGGUGUCCAUGAAGGAUGAGGAAGAGGAGUUAACGGUAUGGAUAGAGAUGGAUAUCAAGAUUUGGAGACGGAAAUCAAAUCUUGGCAACCGGAGGAUAGAAAUAACGGUGAGUAUGUUAUUUCACGUUCACAAGAUUAAUACGCGCUGGCUUUAUGGUAUAUGGUAGGCAUUUUGUCAUCCAUGGAGGAAUUUUGACAUGAUAAUUUCGUAUUGAGUAGCAGCAGAUAAUUUGGAUUUGAUUCCCAAAUGUCCGAGGGCGAAGUAGGAGUUAAAAGACGAGAUCAAAUGUGUGGUUGGAAAACUAUUCAGCAGGUCCAGAAUUGAUGCAUUACUCAUUCAAUAUUGGGCACCCAUAACAACAGACGGCCAAGCUAUUCUUACAACCCAAAACCAACCAUUCGCUCUUAGUAAAAUUUAUAAAGGACUGUGUUGGUAAAGGAUGAUCUCUAAACACUAUAAAUUUUACGUGGAUGGGGAGACUACUGAACAACAACUUCGGCUUCCUGGCCGUGUAUUCAAGCAUCAAUUGGUUGAGUCCUCUCCGAAUGUCGAGUAUUACUCUAACAAAGAGUAUCCACAGCGCAAACAUGCUUUUCGUUGCCAAAUUAGAGCAGCUUUGGCUUUGCCCGUGUUUGAACCCACUGACCAUACAUGUGUCGGUGUACUUGAGCUACUGUAUACCACCAGAGAUGCAUUCCUAAUUUUUUUGGAGGAAGGUUGUGCCUAUGACGCUUUUCUUGGGCUAGAUCUGAAAUGUUUAAAUCUAUGGGAACACCCGUUCAUGGAAACGAAUACUUACAAACCAGAUUCAAGACAAGAAUGAAGCAGCUCUUACAGAUGAAAUCUUGGAUGUGCUGAAACUAGUGUUGGAAGUUCACGAAUUACCUUUGGCUCAGAUAUGACGAACAUGCAGGGUUUGCAGAUCUCUUCUCAAGAAUGGGGUCUUUGGUUUGAGCCGCCAGAGAGGACUAUCCUCUUUGAUGGAGGAAAAUGGUGAUAUUUUUUUUAGGGCAUGUGGGCAUCAUCACUUUAGAAAGGGUAUGGGGGUUGUUGGGACGGCACUUAAGUCCCUUAAUUUGGUAUUCUGAGCCGAUGUAACCCAAUUCAGCAAAACAGAAUACCCCGUGACACACUAUGCUCGAGAGUUUGGAUUAAGUGGUUGUGGUUGUUUCUCAGUAUGCUUGUGGAGUAGUAACCCUGGAGAUGACAUUUAUGUGUUAGAGUUCUUUUUGCCGGUGAACAACAAAGUCGGUGGAAAUGUAAUGACCUUAUUGAUGAAGGAGAUAUUGGGAACAAUGAAGAAAAAAAUCCAAUGUUUUAAGCUUGCUUCUGGAGAAGAACUGGGGGAAGAAUUAAUUGUUGAAGUUAUUGAUUUUCAGUAUGGUGAGAAAAAAAUUCAAACUUUGAAGCUUUCUUCUGGAGAAGAGCUGGGGGAAGAAUUUUCUGAAGUAACUGAUUUUCACAAUGGUGAAAAACUUAAUUCUGUUCAAAUAUCCCAAACUAGGCCUGAACCAUUACAAAAUGGAGCAGAUUUGAUGGAGCUGGAGUCAUCAGAUCAACAAUCGAUGGAUGCCGUAAACAAUGAAAGCAAUGUCAUCAGUGCGGAACGAAGCAACAGUACCUGUUCACAGGGAAAAGGCACAAGAAAGAAACUAAAAAGAAAGCAGAAUACAACUGGUGGUAAAAUUGAAAUUUUUUUGGAGGAUAUAUUACAAACUUCACAAAUGAGAAUCAAGGAUGCUGCGAAGAGCCUCCAUGUUAGCAUAGCUACAUUGAAGCGCGCGUUUGUAGGAAGUUUGGUAUCCCAAGGUGAUCACCUCACCAUAUAAACCAGCUAAACAAGAACGGUGGGAAUUCUGUUCAAAUAUCCCCAACUACUGGAUCUCUGCCCAGGCUUGAACCCUUACAAAAGGAGGGUGGCAUGAUGCAACUGAAUUCAUCGGAUUAACAAUCAAUGGAUGCCAUAAACAUUACGAAUGUUGUCAGUGCAGAACAAAGCAGCAUUGUUGUCACUUGUUCAUAGGAAAAAUAAGCAAUAAAGAGGUCAGAAAGAGAACUUAAAAAACUGGAAUUAUAAUUGAAAUUCCUCUUGAGGAUGUCCUACAAGCUUCGGAAAUGAGCCUCGACAAUGCUG